AUGUGUACACGGUGGCAGGAGGUUUCUCAUAUACGAACAGUAGCUGUGAACACGUGUGUCACCGUAGAAAUCGCGUUUUUCAAUCACCUGCAUUGUGGCUUCACGCUUAACGACGUCUGUCUCAUGUUAAGGGUUGAAACAUUUUCAUUUCAUUUUUACAAGCCUUCUCUACUUGAGAUUGCUACUAAAAAAUGAAAUGUUUCGACCUUUAAUCAUGGCUCGGUUGGUUGAGCCUCCACCUGUGGUGACAUCUUCGACGCACCACAAGCAUGCUGCAACUAGUAGAGGGAAAAGCAAAGAAGGAAGGCCUGGAACGCCAGUGACCUCUUCACUAGGAACAAGUAGAAGUAAUGCCAGUAGUAAUAUAGAGAUCGUGCACAUGUGCGAAGAUCCUGGAGGCAAACGAGCGCCUUCGUCUCCAACUACUUCCGACAGUAGCAUUCCCACUCCGCAAAUUACUGUGUAUCUGCUCCCAGUGAAAAGUCUAGUUUUUUCCGCUCGCGAACGCAAGAAAGUGCAGUUUUAUUGUGUCAUCAAAGACUCUACAUCUAGAUCUACUUCUCCGAUGACUACUAGUUCGUCGGAACUUCUUCUAGGGUCUGGAGAUCAGCAGCCU